UAGAAGAAGAAGACGAAGAAGAAGAAGAAGAAGAAGAAGAAGAAGAACUGUGACCUGUGAACUGUGAACUGGAAGUUCUUUCAUUUUGGCCGAAGAACGAAAAUUGUCUGCUUAUUUUUCCUGUAAAGUCAGUCUGAGGACCAAAACCAUGAAACAAACUCUAAUGUCUGGCCAGAAAUAAGUCGUGCCGCACACCAAGAGACAGGAAAAUAUCUAUUAAGCAUUUAUCGUGUAGUCGAUCAAAACAAUUAAACGAAAUCGUUUUCUGACCUGAAAGAAGCUUUGCUGUGCUAUUAGCACUGGGAGGCUAACUUCGCCUUAGCUGCCUAACGUUACCGAACUGUGAUUGUGUCGGACUCGUCAGGAAUAUCCAUAAGGACAGGAGUUUAUCAGCUGGAGCAGAGGAAGACAGCUGGAGUUGCAGGGAUUCAAGCAUCCCUUUUCAUUAUCGGGUCCUGAGAUGACAUCACAGCAGCCACAGCUUCCCAAUGCUGUUAUUCCUCCCCAGCUUGCCCAGAACUCCUCUGCUCAGCAGGCCCGGCCUCACAUUCAGGACAAUCAGCUGGACUCGAGUCAGAGCAGUGCAACUGCUGGGGCUCUGGAUCCCAGAGCUCUGACAGGCAGGCCGGGCACCUCUGCUGUGGCAGCAACCAGUGGGGAGGUGGCCAACAGAAACGUCUCUGCCUCCUGCACCAACUCAAGCUUGUCCAGAAGAGAUGGGGGCUUUGAGCCGUGGCCUGAGGAAGCAGUGGAUAACUCCCAUGGGCUAUACUCUCUUCACCGCAUGUUUGACAUAGUUGGAGCCCAGCUAACCCAUCGGGAUGUCAGGGUACUGUCAUUCCUGUUUGUUGACGUGAUUGAUGAGUAUGAGCGUGGCGGCAUCAGGAGUGGAAGGGAUUUCUUGCUGGCACUAGAGCGCCAGGGUCGCUGUGAUGAGACUAACUUUCGACACGUUCUCCAGCUUUUAAGGAUUAUCACCCGCCAUGAUCUAUUGCCUUAUGUCACACUCAGAAAACGGCAGGCUGUGUGCCCAGACCCUGUUGACAAGUACCUGGAAGAGACAUCAGUGCGCUACAUUUCCCCAAGAGGAGCAGUGCGGAGCAAGGAUACUGCGCCUCACAGAAGAACCGGUCCUCACCCAGUCAUUUGCUGUUCUCCGUCAGGACCCCAUGUUGGCCCUCCCCGAACAAAGCCAGCUCCUCCUGUACCAAACUGCAAACGAAGGAGAAGUCAUUCCUCAGCUGACUGCAGAGAGAAGCAAACAUGUGAUAUCCGCCUCCGGGUUCGUGCUGAGUACUGCCAGCAUGAGUCUGCGCUUCAGGGUAACGUCUUUUCCAACAAGCAAGAGGCAGUGGAGCGACAAUUUGAGCGCUUCAACCAGGCAAACACUAUCCUUAAAUCCCGAGACUUGGGCUCCAUCAUCUGUGACAUCAAGUUCUCUGAGCUCACCUACUUGGAUGCCUUCUGGAGGGACUACAUCAAUGGAUCAUUGCUAGAGGCCCUUAAAGGGGUCUUUAUCACAGAUUCCUUAAAACAGGCUGUGGGCCAUGAAGCUAUAAAACUGUUGGUCAAUGUUGACGAGGAGGACUACCAGGCUGGUCGACGCAAACUGCUACGUAAUUUGGUCACAAGUGGAGGGAGUCCACCUGGAGCUAGCAAAGACUCUGUAUCUUAGACACUCUCCAGGUGGUAGCAUAAGGGAGAAACGCUGCCGUGCUUUCCCCACAGGGAAUAGAGUGAGAUGUGGUUGUGUCAUUUGAGGUGCUGAAGUGUGUGCCUGAAAGGAACUGAAGGACUUCCAGCCACCGCAUUAAUUCCUAGAGAGCUAAGGUCAUAGGAUAUCUACUUGGCACCCCUAAGCAUAGCAUGUGAGGUGAUUGGGAACUAUGUUAGCAAAAAGAAGAAGGUGUAUACAGUUUGACAUUAUUUUGAAUGUUAAGCUGUUCAUUUUCUUCAAGGAGGAGAAUGCUGAUUCAUUCUUGCAUUGAAUUUAACGAAUUUCUUGUUUCUGGUAUGUUUUCAUUGAAGCAUUGAGCUCAUUGAAACACACUGUUACUCUAAAGAUAGAUGAUCUUCACAACCUGUUCAGAGUCCAGUUCUUUUCAAUACAACAAAGUUACUCCCAGUGGGAGUUGUACCUUACUGUCAAACUGUUUUUUCAGGUACAUUACAGAUUGAUUGGAUAAACCCAAUGAGAGAGUGUUCUGUAUGUUAUAUAAAGGCACAGACUGAAGGAGUUAAAAUUAGUUUUUAUAUUUCUUUCAGCGUAUUAUCCUACUUUCCCCACACUUUCCAGAGUUUCCUUGUCUGUAAAGAUGGACCCUUUCAGAGCCUUUUUUUAUUGGCUCAUAUUUGUUCACUGUCAAUGUUGUGUCUCGGCUUUGUUUUAACAAAUUCUUUGUUUUACAACAUGGCUUGUUACCAGCAGCUGUGAUUCUGGCCUAAUGUGAAAUUCCGAUUGAAAAUCAUAGACAGUGUGUGUAAAGUUAUGUCAGUUGUGCAGGUAGUAAGAUGCCAGAUCAAAUUUAAAUAAUUCACAGUUAAGAUAUUUCACCCAGUUGUUAUUGGACUUGCACAUUAAAUCCUCAGCAGUCUUCUCUGUGGACUUGUUAUGCCUCUGGAUGAAUGAGGAUGUAGUUGAGUCCACAUGCUCAGUGUUACAAUCACUUUCUUAUCCAGUCACUUGACACCCAAUUGGACAUGUUAGACAAACUAGGCGUCCAGGUGUCCUCAGUUCCAUCCUUCUCCUUCAUGGGGUGUGGCAUUUCCACAGACAUUCACAAACCAAACUGGGGUUCUUUUUAUUAAGGUUUUGAUGCAGAAAAAACUAACAGGUCAACAUAAUAGUAAGGUAUAUAGCAUGUUAAUCUUCUACAAUUAAGUGCGCAGAUCUAGAACAAUUAUAAGCUUAUAGUGGAAGAAUACCACUUUUACAGUGUUAAUUAACCAAAUGUAAAUUUAUAUUCAUUUCUUUUUGGUAUAUGGAAUGAGGUGGAUUAACAGAAGACAUUAUUUGGUGGGUGCCUGUGACAAACCCAUGUUGACAGUAUUACUAAUGAUAACUUUAAUGCAGUCCUAAAAUACAUUCAGUGGCUCUUUAUUAGGCACACCUUUUUAGUUCUGAGAAGGCUCCCUAAAGAGGGGAUUGGGGAUGAUGGCCUCACACAGUUAAUGCAGAUAAGGUGGCUGCACAUUCGUGCUGCAAAUCUAGCUACUGCGCCUCAGAUUACAGGAGCUGUACUCAGCUAAACAGGAUGCAGGAUUUCAACAAGGCUGGUGAUAUAAAACCACAACUGAUCUGUAAUCAUGUUUAGCUUCAGGAGAUCAGUCGCUGGUACACAUCCAUCCCAUACAGCUUAUUUUUGAGUAGCUUCAACCUUUCCGUUUAUUAGCAUUGCAGUGUAAUCCAGAUUCAGAAAUUGUGCACAUUAAAAGUUCCUGACAUACCCAGACAAGAGUCUGCCCUUGUGUGCCCUUGAGCCUCCUGUGGCCAACAGUCGCCCUUAUCAACAGCUAAUUAAUCAUGUAUUAUUAGAUGUUGAUAAUAGAUGAUGCCAGUGAGAGCGCUGCCCAACUGGCAGUUCAUGUGAGUCAAUAACUGAUGCCACCCAUUUAGUGCAGUUUUUUCAUUUGCCAUUUGUUUUCGUCUCACAGUGGAAAAACAUUGCUGAUUGACCGUGCUAGUACAAUGCAAAACUUCUCAGUUCCAGUUGCAACUUCUUGUUUGUUCUUUAAUACUUUGUGGAUUAGAAAUACAGACUACAACUGCCAGCCUAUUCAUUUUGCAAGUGCAUAACUUCCAUGCAUGUAACUGACUGUAGGCUGUAGUUUCUGUUCUGUGUUGAAGUGCAACUAUUCACAAAAAAUGUGACUGGUCAACCAACUUUAACACACCCGACAAAAGUGACAGUAUUAGACAAUCCUGCAAAAUCCUGGAUUAUAUUUACGACAACAUCCUUCAAAUUCUUGCUUUCUAGAAUAUCUGAGCACAGCAACUAGUAUGCCAUGGGGAGAGAACAAUCGUGGUUAUGUUUAUGAAAGAGGCAAAUGUCAAUUGCAGGUCUGUGACGGGAUGGAAUUUCCAGUCUCCUGUACCAAAGUCAGAUACACAUCUGCCCAUCCACUACCCAACCUCCACACCCUUUCUUUUUUGAGUAGCUGCAUAAAGGACACACUACUUCCUGCACUGGCACUGAACAUUGGCAUUUGAUGUUAAUUGCACAGUGGUAAUUGUCCAAUAUGGACACAAUUCCUUGGCAUACUGGACUAGAGGUGACACAGAUAGAAAGGGGGCGACAUAGUCAUACAUUUUAAAACUUUUCAAAUUGUAGCUUUAAAAAAAAAAAAGGAAAUUGACAUGCUGAAAUGUCAUCACUGGUUUACCAAGACAGGUUAUGACUCAAUGCAAACUCAAAGUACCUUUGUUUGGAAAUGUGUAAUCAGUGAUAAUAUGGCAGUAUAUCAAAGAUGAAGCAUAAUGCUGUUUUGUGGUGAGAUGAUUUUGAUUUUGUAACCGAGGUAGAUAAGAGACUAAAUGUCAUUUAAGUAAAAUUUGUCAUUUGAAAUGCCAGUCUCUAAUGCUAAUAUUUGACAUGUUUCUUUUAUUCAGUGCACAUAGCCAAAUGGUUGACAUAAAAAAAAUCUGUGUACCCUUUAAAAGUUCAGUGUAUGUUUUUACCAAAUAUAUUCUUCCUGCUAAAAACGCUUAUUUUGAAAAUCUUAUCUCUGCUAUCAUACCAUCCGUGGUUACAUAUCAGAACACGCAAGUCAUGAUUGACACGUCACUAUUACUGUGAAUUAAAUAGAGUAGGCCUAAAUUUUAUAAUUUUUCCUCCAGUGGAAUUUUAUGUUAAGGUUGCAAGUUAGUAUCUAUUAUAUAGGUUGGUGUAUGUUAUGUUGAUUGUAUGUUAUGUUGUCAUAUGCAGCUGUCUUUUACGCAAAAUUGCAUGUAAGCUGUUAUCUCCAGAAAUGUCAUAGAAACUCACAGUGCUAACAUUUUGUAAAUAACUUUAUUGGAUGUCAGGUUUUCUUAAUUCAAUUUUGCAUUUCUUUCAGGAAACAGACAAGUAGGACUGUUAAUAAAUGAAAUGGAUGGGUUUUGUUGAAGUCCCA